GUCUCUUACGUUCCGCAACCCGCGGUGCCCGUCAGCCGUCUGCAAUGAGUUUAGUUUUCAAAACAAGACUCUGCUUGCCGCUUGUAGGCUGCACUCACAUCUAAACGAAAACUUAAGGCAGAGUUGAAACCUGGUGAUUCGGAAGACUGUGCCUAUACUAGUGUUUCGUGUGAUUUUGAUUCUUCUCUGAUAUUUUCUGCCUUUACGAUAAAACGUGACGAAAAAAAUGGACACCCUUCGCGAGCAGGUGAUGAUCAAUCAGUUUGUGCUGGCUGCAGGUUGUGCCAGGGAGCAAGCGAAACAGUUGCUACAAGCGGCUCAUUGGCAAUUCGAAACUGCUCUUAGUAUUUUCUUUCAAGAAGCUGCGAUACCUCCGUGUGCACAAGGACCUGGUACACAUUUUGGUCAAAUCACGCCAUGUAAUACACCGGCCACACCACCAAAUUUCCCUGAUGCACUUUUAGCGUUUUCCAAAAUGUCUGCGGGCGACAAAACUCCUUCGGGAAUGUCGCCAAGUCAAAAUGGAUUGCAUCAGAAUUCGAUGCAGAUUGGGAUGGCGCCACAACACCAUGGAGGACGGUGUAGUGUAACCGGGAGUGCGCAACAGCAAACGCAGAGUCAACAAUUGGGCCUAGGCGAACCACAGAGAUAAAAGAAACUCGUGAUUCGGCGGCCCGUGUGUAAGAUCCCGAGGUCGCACGAUGUGCAUGUAAACGGUGUUUAAAACAGGAAGCAUGGUUUAUAAAAGAUCGACUGGCUCCCCAGGAUUAUACGCUGUGUAACCACAAGAGCGAUUAUUAGCCGAGAUUCACACGCUCGUAUCUCCUUAUCCCUAGAAAAAGGAUGCAACGUUUUCUGAAAAAAAUUGUGUGCACGGAGGAAAAUUCAAAUAAUUAUUUAGACGUGCGCCUAGAAGAAACGAGAGAUCUCUCCCAUAGAAAAGGGAUCCUCAUCUUUCAUCGACUAUAAUACGGUGUAUGUGAAUUUAUAUAGAAUAGCCGAUAACGAUCCUCUGUUGUUUAUUCUUGUUAUUCUUUGAUAUAUGUUGUAUAUUGAAACACAAGACGAUCGAGCCUGUUGAAACAUCUCGCAAGAAAAAAAAAAAGCUCUUGUCUUCUUCCAUUGGAUUAUUCUGAGUGAUACACGUUAAAAAAAAAAAAAAAGAAAAAAAGAAAAAAAAAAAAAAAAAAGAGAAAGAACACAAGAAAGAAGGAAAGUUUAGUCAAGAGAUUAUUCUUCUCUCUCUCUCUCUCUCUCUCUCUCUCUCUCUCUCUUAUACUUCUGGGACGGUAGUUCCUAUGGUUAUGAAAGACAGCGAUACUCUCCUUAGCGUUUAUGAAAUUAGUAUGCGUCCAGAAUUGCCGCUUGUUGUAAAUGAGUAGCGAGAAGCCUCCUCCACCGUCCCGGGUAUCUUCCUUGUUGUUUCUCGAUCUACAGAACUUGCGGCUAGAUAGGAAA